AUGGAGAAGUCAAGUAGUGAGGAUUCCUCCAUUCACCGGAGUCCAUCUUUGGAUAGCAAGGAUUCUGACUUCGCGAAGCCUUCUACCUCAGGCAGGCAGUUUGGACGAGGCUUCACUGCCGGAGCGUUCUACGGUACUGCUGGAUCACGCAAGCAGACUCGCAACGCAGCUGGAACCGGGACUGGUGCCGGGACUGGUGUAAAAAGUGACAAGUGCAAUGCACCCAAAGGCAGCAAAUAUGUGGUCUUUUACCUGGAUCUAUCCUUUGUUUUCCUUCUAGAAUUUCAGAAGUGCAGCAUGGCAAGAGGCUGCUUGUGUUGUUUGAAAUACAUGAUGUUCCUUUUCAAUUUAAUAUUUUGGCUAUGUGGCUGCGGCCUCCUGGGCGUAGGAAUAUGGCUGUCGGUGUCGCAAGGAAACUUCGCAACAUUUUCUCCCAGCUUCCCAUCCUUGUCCGCAGCCAACCUGGUUAUCGCUCUUGGUGCUAUCGUCAUGGUGACCGGGUUCCUGGGAUGCUUGGGUGCUAUCAAGGAAAACAAGUGCCUCCUCCUCAGUUUCUUCAUUGUUUUGCUGAUCAUCCUCCUGGCUGAGCUGAUAUUGCUCAUUUUGUUCUUUGUUUAUAUGGACAAGGUAAAUGAAAAUGCAAAAGAGGAUUUGAAAGAAGGUCUCAAGCUUUAUAAUACAGACAAUAAUGUUGGGCUGAAGAAUGCUUGGAAUAUCAUUCAAGCAGAGAUGCACUGCUGUGGGGUUAUUAGUUAUACAGACUGGUAUGAAGUGCUUGGUGAAAACACUGUCCCUGACAGAUGCUGUAUGGAAAAUUCCCAAGACUGCGGUCGGAAUUCCACCAACACAAAUUUAGUCUGGAAAAUGGGGUGUUUUGAAAAAGUUAAGAUGUGGUUUGAUGAUAAUAAGCAUAUAUUUGGGACCGUUGGCAUGUGUAUCCUCAUAAUGCAGAUACUUGGCAUGGCCUUUUCCAUGAUUCUCUUCCAGCAGAUUCACAGAACUGGUAAAAAAUACGAUGCCUAAAACUCUUUGCCAUUAAAAAGAAUACGGUGAACAAGAGAAUCGAGCUUUGCCCUGUUUGGGGGCUCCAUCCCACCAAUCAAUCUACAGCAUGUGGCGGAUAAGAUUUGAGCACAACAUGUGACUGGAUUUACUUUCGUUUCUUUUCAUUCACCAUUUUUUGCCAAAGAAGAAGGGAGACUUAUCAGAAGCAAAUCAGUUUUCUACACUAAUUCAAAGGUCUGCAGUUAAAACUGUUCUUAAACACCCUUUAAGGAACAACCUUUACUGUACUAAUCUCUGUUAGACUUGUGAAGGUAACCUCGCCAAUGUGUGUUUAACUUCCUGAGAGAAUCCUCUUAAAAGUCUUCUAGUAGGUCAAUAAACUGCUUGUGCCCAACACCGUACCAUACUGGGAGACUCGGAAAAGCCACUCAGACAGAGAGCCCUCUCUGAACUGAUGCUGCUCGGAUGCAGAUCUUUUUGUACCUUCCUGUGUAUACUAGAAUUUAGUAGCCUGGUUUAUAACUUUUUACUGUUUUUUCCUCUUUUUCCUAUGCUAUUAUCAGAGUAACUCGGUGCAGUCUUCAAAGGAUGCUUUUUUAAAACUUUGCAAUUUAACUGCAUAAAGAAAAAAAAUGCAGCCUGUUUCCAAACAUCUGUAUCAGGGCCCCAUUGUCACGCUCAACUCGGAACUGAUGUAGUGAACCCAUGAUAGGCUGUGCACCUGAUGUGGCACCUAAGUCGGCUUAAGUUUACAUAUAACAACAUCACAUACCCACAUAGGUAUGCUCAUCAGAGAGCCAAGAUUAGCAGUGUGCUAUCAUAUAACAUAUGGAAGGGGAUUGCAUCUCAGCAAAAAAUUCAGGGUUGAAUCCACUGCAAAAUUUCCAUUCACGCUUGUGCAAAUAGAAACCUAAGAAAAGACUGCGCUCACGCUAGGUCAGAUUUAUUGUUUCCCCAUUUACGUUUCUCCUUGUGCAACCAAUUUCUGGGCACUAUAAUAUAUAGGAAGGAAAGCUGUAGAUGUUGCACAAGAUCUUGUCUGUUUAUAUUUCCUUUUACUCAUCACUGGAUCCAAGCCUAUGUCUUGGCAAGAUACUCCUCAGCUUUCCUGGACUAUUCCAUAUUUCUAGGUAUUUUUACAAUACAACGAUGACAAUUUAAUUUGUUAUUCUGCUAGUAUGCAUUAGCUACUAUUAGAUGAGGGCUUCCAUUAAAUUUCCUGCAAAACUAGAGCAGAGUAAGAGCUAGCCUACAGUAAGGAACAACAGGCAUUUUUGCUUUAUACUCCCAUUGUUAUUAGACCAAUAUUUGUCAGAAAGUGUGUACGGCCAUGACAGUGAGAGAAUUGCUGCUGCGCUUGUUAAAUAAUUGGAGGCUCCUUUCAACUCCUUCAGAGCAGGUUGUACGAGGGGGGUGUUGUUCUACAUUGUUUCUGCAUAGGGUAUGUUUGGAUCCUUCCGUCACUGCUGAGAUGCAGUGGAAUCACCUGCCCUGAGAUGCAGCUCGCCCUUUGUAGAUCUACUUGCAUCAUUGUUCAGAUCAAAUCCCCUUUCCAGUUAGAAGGCAUGGCCAGAAGCCUCUCAUUACUUUUAUACACUAUAAAAGUCGUGAAUGCAAGAGUGAAAUAUGUCUUCAAUUUUAAUUCGGGAAAGGUGUGCCUCUGCUGUUAGAAGUUGGUGAAAUACUGCACCAAACCAGUCUGAUUUUCUGUGCAGACUAUAGGUGCCCCCCUUUCUCCCAAGCCUUAGUGUCCAGAGCAGUAGGAGAAAGUUCCUUUCCUCUCUGUGCAGUCAAAAGUUGGAGGAUCUGAGCUUGCUCUAUGUAUAAGGUUGGCUGAGACCUUUUUCGUUACUUCCAAACCAAGUUCAAACUAUGCGUCUUCUAAAGGUUAGAGACAACCGAGGAGUUUUACUCGAUCUUGGUUUGGAAGCUUUGAUGUCCAGAUAGUUAGGCAAGAACCACUGGACAAAUCCUUGAAAAAUCUCAAGCAUCAUUCACUCCAGAUGAGCUUUGUAUCCUAGUGCCCAAUCAUGAGACAGGUAACUUCUACUUAAAACAUGACACGUUUCAUACAACUCCUACAAGCCAUACAUUUUUUUCCCUUUGCGCUAGGGAUUGUGGUGGUGGUAGAAAGUUCCAUCAAGUCAUAGCUGACUUAUGGGGUGCCAUCAGUUGCAAUAAGUAAUUGUGACAUGACUGCCACAUUUAGUCGUGUGUGAUCUCACAUUUGCUACCACAAACCAUUAACUUCCAAGCACAUCUAAGCGUGAAAUGAUGUUCAGCAUCAGUAAGAGCUUCUCUUUUGUAACGUGAACAUCUUUUGAGCAGACAUGCACACAUUCUAAAGAAGCUUCGGGCACAGGCUGCUCAGUCACCGGACUUGUAGCCCAAAGAAUGCCUCAUGCCUCUGUACAUAUUGUGGCUGACGUAAAGUUUAAACUUGGUGUUGUGAAAGUAAGGAGGAGCUUUCACAGUCAGCAAAAUGAAGGUCUUUUCUUGGACUGUAUCACUUCAGGCUACAGGUAGCAACUGGGUGGGUUGUAAGCUUGAAUGCUCCUCUAUUACACUGUCCUGCCUUUCCAAAGGAGAAAUAGUAUGUAAAGGAGGAUGCUCUGCUAAGCCCGUCAUUCUGCAACAGGAGAUACCCCCCCCGCCCCGCCAGAGACUUCAAAUAUGCAAAUCAGUAAUCUGAAAGUAGCACUGUCCUGUAAGUGGCCAGCCCAUGCUGUGAAUUAAGACUUCACACCAAUCCAUAAGAGGUUCCUGCUGGAUCUGAUGAGCAUGUCCAGCAUCGUGUCUCACGCAGUGGGCAGCAAAGGGCAUGGAGGCUGCGGUCUUGAUAAGAACAUAUGAAGAGCCCUGCUGGGUCUGACCGGUGCUCCAUCUCAUGCAGCAUCCUGUCUCACAGUGUGGCCAGGCUGUUGUACUGGAGCACCAACAAUGGCACGGAGGCUGAAGCCUUCCCCUGAUGUUGCCUCCUGGCACUGGGUUGACUGCCUCUGGCCGUGGAGGUUCUUUUUAGGCACCACGGCUGGUAGCCACUGAUAGACUUAUACUCUAUGAAUCUAGCUGAUUCUCUUUUAAAGCUGUCUAUGCCUGUGGUCAUUACUACUUUCCCCUAGCAGUAGAUUCCACAUCAUAGUUCCUUGAUGUGUAAAGAUUUCCUUUUGUCCAUUCUCAAUCUACAGCCCAUCUGCUUUAUUGGAUGCCUCAAGUUCUAGUAUUUUAGGAGAGGGAGAAAAAGUUCUCUCUGUCUACUCUCUCCACACUGUACAUAAUUUCAUAAACCUCUCUCAUGUCCUUCUGAGUCAUUUCUUUUCUAAACUGAAGAGUCCCAGACUCUUCAGCCUCCAAAUCCCUAACCAUCUUGGUUGCCCUCUUCUGUACCUUCUUCAGAUCUCCAAUGUCCUUUUGGAGACAGGGUGACUUGAGCUGCACACAGUAUUCCAAAUGAGGCCACACCACAGAUCUAUACAGGGGCAUUAUAAAAUUGGCCAUUUUAUUUUCAGUCCCUUUCCCAGUAAUCCCUGGCACGGAGUUCACCAUUUUCACCACUUCUGAAACCAAAUUGACAUUGUCAUUGAACUAUCCACUAUGACUCUAAAGUCUGCUUCCCUUUCAGUUUCAGCAAGUUCAGAUCUCAUCAGCAUAUACUUCAUUGAGGAUUUUUGUUCCACUUACCUCCACUGAACUUCAUUAGCCACAUCAUUGCCCACUCACCCAGUUUAGAUGGCUCUUCCUAUAGCUCUUCCCAAUCCACUUUGGUUGUCACCAUCCUGAAUAAUUUUGUGUCGUUGGCAAAGUUGGCCACUGCUCUGCAUGCUCCAAGAUCAUUUCUGAACAAAUUAAAUAGCAUCAGCCCUGAUACACUGACCCUUGUGGUGCCACGCUGGCCACUUCCAUCCAUUGUGAGAACUGUCCAUUUUUCCCUACUCUCUGCUUCCUGUCCUUUAACCAAUUUUGAUCCAUAAGAGGACCUGCCUGCCAACUCCAAAAGGCUGGUGAGGGAGAACUUCCCUUCACAGAAGCCACACUGAUUUUCUCAUCAGGCUUUGUCCCGCUGUAUGUUUAAUAAUUCUAUCCUUAAUCACAGUUACUGCUCAUUUACCUGGGGCAGACAUUAGGUUAACUGCCUGGUAAUUUCUUGGUUCCCUUCUGGACCAGUUUUGAAAAAUUGGUGUAAUAUUUGUUACUUUACAAUUCUCUGGCACAGAGGCUGAUUUUAAUGACAAAUUACAUAUAGUGGUUAGUAGAUCAGCUAUUUCACGUUUGAGUUAUUUAAGAACCCUUCGGUAUAUGCCAUCUGGGCUCAGAGACUUGCUGGUAUUUAAUUUCCAUUGAAAUGUCCCAGAAUGUCAUCUCUCAUCACUUCAACUUGGCUCAGUUCUUCAGGCUUAAAUAGUGGGUCUGGUGUAGGUAAAUGCCCCAAUCCUUUAUUCCUGUAUUAACUAAUUGCCCAACUGCUUCCCUAACCAAUUUCUUGCUCCUAAUAUAUUUUUAAAAUGUUUCUUUUUCCUUUUAGCAAUCCCCCUCUACUUUUUGCAUGCAUUAAUUGUUAACUUUUAUGGCUCCAUGACUUGGGCCAUUAACCAUGCAGGAGUCCUUUUAGACUUGGUGAAACCUUUCCUGACGAGGUAUGCAUUCUGUCUGGAUCUCAGGGUGGUUUUAAAUAGCUUCCAAGCAUCCUCUAGGGAUUUAACUCUCUGGUGUUCCCCUUUCAGCUUCCUUUUAAUUAUUCCCCUCAUUUUCGUAAAGUUACCUCUUUUGAUGUCAAAUGUGACUGUUUUGGACUUUAGAGGUAACUUUCCAUUGAUAAGAAUGCUGAACUUAAUGGCUUUGUGGUCACUGUUCCAGUUGGUGCAACCACAUCUAUAUCUCACACACUAGGUCUUGAGCCCCUCUCAAAACCAAGGCCAAGCUCACUGUCCCUUCGGUUGGUUCUCUGAACAACUAUUCCAUUGCACAGUCAUUGAUUGUGUUUAGGAACCUCAUCCCUACAGCAUGGCUAGAGUACAUAUUUACCUAAUCGAUGUGAGGGUAGUUGAAGUCAUCCAGUCUGGCAACAAUUUUCUGCUUUAGUCAUCUCCCUUACUUCCCUCUUCAUCUGGAGAUCAGCCUUAGGGGACACAUUUAAGGAACCCUUAGGGCCCAGUAUCUCCACCAGUAGUGAUUCUGAGGUAGAGGUGGGGAGUUUAUUCUAGUUGUGUGACUAGAUACACAAAACCACACCUCCCUGAACACAUUCCUUCCUGUCCUGUCUAUAGUGUUCAUGUCCAGGGAUAACAACAUCCCGUUGAUCUUCCCCAUUCUGCCAUAUUUCUGAGACACCCUCUAUACCUAAAUUGUCAUUUAGCCGUGACCACUCCAGCUCCCCCCUAUUGGCUUGGAGACUUCUAGCAUUGGUGUAGACAUCUAUAACGUGCUUGGACUGAGUUGUUCUGAGCCAGAGGCUCUCAAGCUCCCAUCCACUUUCCUCGAGCCUAGUUUAAAAGCUGCUCUGCCAUCUUUUUGAUAUUAAGCACCAGCAGCCUGUUUCUCUUUCUGUGCUCAGCCUCUUUUGUAUUGGAUCGUCAUGUCACGGAAAGUUGCACAGUGCCUAACAAAUCAAAAUCCUUCCUCCCAGCACUACUUUCUCAUCCACACACUGAGACCCCUGCUCUGUACCUGCCUAGCUUAGCUGGUCCAGUGUGUAGAAUAGGUAGUAAUUCUGAGAAUGUGACAUUUGAGAUCCUGGCCUUUAAACUGCCCAGUAACCUGGUUUUGUCCUCCAGGAGCACAUGGUUUCCCCAACGUUGCCCCCUAGCACUGGCAUUCAGAGGUUUGCUGCCUCUGAACGUGGAGGUUCCCUUUCAUUGCUAUGCCUAAUAGCUUCUAAUGGUGCUAUUCCUCCAUGAAUCUGUCUAAUCCCUUUUAUAGCCAACCAACAGCAGUGAAUUUCACAACUUAAGUACUCGUUUAGUAAAAAAAUAUUCUAUAAUCUGCCUUGAAUCUAUAAGCAUCAACUUCACUGGGUUCUUCUAUUUUGGGGUGGGAGAAAAAAAUUCUGUGUCCACUGACUUAACAUCUAGACAGUGGGACUGACAUGCACACAAGUGUGGGAGACGAGGGCUAUUAGUAUAAAAUUCAUUCGGUAAAAUUCAUUCGGUACUACUUCAGAUAGGGAGCGCACCAUCUUGUUAGUAAAAUAGUUGCCGGCUUGUAUGAACAGCAGUUUCCUUGCUGACGACUAUAAUUAUUCCAAACGUUGGCCUCUAAAAAAGUAUGAGGGAUGGUUAGAGGAGAGGUCUGUGGCAGGUCACUGGAGCCACACCAGUGGCUUUGAGACUCUGUUCAAACUCAUCUGGAUCUUUGUACACAGAAGUCCUAGUCUACGUUCAGUUUGUUCAACAUUUCCUUUAAAGAAUACCAUAUCUUUUUGCUGACAUUCCUGUAUGCAAACUUAAAUAUAUACCUCUCUCGGUUGAUUGCUGCUCCUCUCGAUACAAGGCCUCUGUUGAUAUCACUUGAGCAGGGGCUUUGCGUUAUGCUGCUUCACAACAAGAAGAUACAAAUGGAAAUGAAAACUGAGCAAUUUAUGUGGAUUCGAUGUAUUGUCGAAUGUGGAUUCGUUUAGGACUGCUUUGCUUACAAGCAGAACUUGCUCUAGCGAACUAAGCCUCGUCCUCUUUCCUGCUGGGAAUUUCCAAAAUUCAGUCUAGAAUCUCAAGAGAAUGUUGGUAACCCCUCAUGGGUUUGGUGAAUGACCAGAAAUACAGACAGAUGCCAGAAAAUACUGGCAGUCCCCUAAUGAUCACUAUCAACGUUCACUCGUAUAAUUUCCUCAUCUCUGACAUUCAGCAGCUGUGAACCAGAUUAUCAACAUACUCCUGUGAUUGUUGAUAAUUCGGAGUCAUAGCCACAUCCAGACGCAGACCCUUAGGGUAUCAUGCUGGUCUGAUCAGAAGUCCCGUGGAGCAUCCAGAGAUACCCAACCACAAAAGCAAACACCACCUCACUGGUGUGGCUCCAGAUUGAGGAUUUCUUUGAUACUCGUUUUAUAUUUUGUUUCAUAUAUUCAUUUUGUCUCCUAUGUAAUUAAUGCCAUUCAGUUUUGCUCUUUCAUGCGUUCAUUGUUUAAUAUUGUAUUCAAUUCUGUUUUUUUUUAAAUUGGUUUGUUUCCUAUCAAGUUAGUGUAGAAUUCUCAGAUUGUAUUCAUUACGAAAAGGAUCCUCCCUGCCAAAUUCCAGAUCUACCUGGAAUGUUCCCGAUUAAUUUGGAACAAACAUUCUGUCUUGCACAUGGAAAUGGCACAAUACUGACAGGCAUCGACAACGUCCUCCUUUCCUCGUGUGGGUGUUGCAGGAGAUCUAGACUGGGCUACUCAGCACCUGACUUCACAGCACUCCGUUUACUUCCCUAUUUCCUUUCAAGCCAGCUCAGUCUAUCAAAGUUGGCCUGGGAAAAGAUUGCAACUGAGCCUACUGAAGUCAGGGGCAGGAAGGGGCAGAGUUUAGUUACUCUCACCUACAUGGGCACUCUAUUUUUGUUUAAAAACCCACUCACCUCCAGUCCCUGCUUUCUUUGCAUAUGAAUUUAUGUAUAUGAGCCCUCUGCCAUUUGGGCCUAAAAAGGUGGCCCGUCCUCACCCCCAUCUCACUGCUACACCUGACUUCCCAAUGCUGCUUUGAAAUAAAAUUAAGCGUAGUGCUUUUCAUAAGACCGUUCUUCACAUCUCUUGCAUCUCUUAUGUUUGGCACCACCUGGGAAGGGGGACUGUUUGCUUCUACUGACCCAACCCAUCAUUGUUCUGUAGCAGCCAGGCUGCCAGUAUUCCAGAUGGUACAAAACCACAUGUUUUGUCCAGUCAGUCUGGGGGGGGGAGGUACAGCUUGGUCUUCUGCCCCCCUCCACUCUCCCUCCAGUAUCUUUCUCCCAGGGAGUACAAGCGAUGUUUGCCACUCUCCCUGCAGGCAUGUUGCCUUUCAUGAUGCGGAUGUAGCAUCUGCCUGCACUCCAGUCUUUAGCAUUUGCCUUCAAAACAACAAACAAAAUGUUUGUCCCUGGCUUAAAGGCAGAAGGGCACACUACCAGAACAGAUAAUGGACAGAGAAUAGCACACAAACGGAAACAUUUCCUGCUUUUAGAAAGAUAGAUAGAGAAGCAAGGUAACAUUACAAUGAUUGGCAGAAAUUGGGAAUGCUAUGCAAACUGUUUCUAUGGGGAUGAGCCUUGUUGGUGGGGACAUCUGUUGACACUUUUGGUUGGAUAAAGUAACUGACAUUUGCAUGACACUGUUUCCUGCUUCCUCUUGCUGAUGUGGAACUGAAAAUGGUGAUUGCACAGGUGCCAUAAAUAGCAAUGGACAUACCUGUGUCAUGGCUCAGAAUAUUACUAUUUACUUUAACCAGCACAUGAUAUCAAAUAAGUCCUUCUUCCCUUUAAUGAUAUUGGGAAAUACAUAAAUUGGGACCACUCAUACUACAAGUUCUGUCUGAUUUUUACUGGAAUUUCUGGAUAGACAGGAUUUUUAGCCUCAGUCGUAUUAUCUGCUCUGUGUAUGAGAGUGUUCACAUUUUCAAAGGUGGGGGGAGGUUAAAAGAUUUUUUAACUUUAUUUUUAAAUCUUAUGACACAUUGUCUACUUCCUUAUCUUCUCAUUUUAGUAAUUUUCUUCCUCCAAAUCAAGUUAAACAAAAUACUCUCAUUCUUUCUAGACUCACGUAAAAUGCUUGUAUUACUUAAAAAGCCAUUAAAAAGGAUUGCAUUACUUUUCUUCUUGAAUAAAGAAAGCACUCAAGAGCUAAAGCCUCAUGUUACUAUCAGUGUCAGAAAUGACGAUCCAUGUCGGUUACCGAGGACUAAAUUAAGCA